UCUGGUGAAGUUCCGCUUUCGAUCUUGAAAAUUCUGACACGCCUAAAUUUACACAACCGCAUCUUGUUACAGAUACAAAUGGACGAAGCAUGGUUGGAAUUAAUGGAAGUACAAACGCUUGUGACACCAACCAGUCGGCCACCUCCAAAUCCACUUCUUCUUCGGCUAAAACGUGCAACGGACCCUCGUUUCGCAGGGUUACCGGAAUGGUGUCACUGCGAGGCGAUGCCAUCAUGCCUGCCGUCGCCACCAGGCCAGCCUGGGGAACCUGGAAUUGACGGAGAGGAUGGUGCACCAGGAUCACCAGGACUUGACGCGCCACCUAUAGAGCCACUUGUGCAAUGCCAGCCUCAAAUAAUUGGUUGUAUUAAAUGCCCUGCUGGGCCGCCAGGUCCGCCAGGCGCUGAUGGACCUCCUGGGCCGCCAGGACCUGAUGGCGCACCGGGACAAAUUGUACAAGGAGCAUAUGGCCGCCCGGGUAAGCCGGGCCCACCUGGUGUUAUUGGAGAACCCGGCGAACCAGGACCAGUAGGACCACCGGGCCCACCAGGCCCACCAGGACAGCCAGUGAAAUUCGGAAAAGGACAACCAGGCAAAAAAGGAGCUCCAGGAGCACCAGGCCUGCCAGGAGAACCUGGUGCGGUGGGAGAAUCCGGGCCAAUGGGUGCUCCAGGACCAGCUGGCCCAGCUGGCCCGGCGGGGGCGCCAGGCAAGGAAGGUAUGCCAGGUCGGUGUAUUUAA